AUGGAAGCAACCCUUUUCACCCUCCCGUCCUCCAAAUUCCCACCACCGGCUUCCACCGCCGUAUCCCUGAAAACCCAUUUCCACAACCCACUUCUCCUCCAUUCCACCACCACUUCCCACCGUAAACCCAACCGCGUACCCCUCACAAUCCGCUCCGCAAUCAGCCGUACAAAGAAAGAAGAAACGAUCGAAACAGUCAAAGAACAGCUCCAAGACUGCUACCUCAUCGCCGGCAUCAAAUACCAAGGUUUCACCGUCCAACAAUUCCAGCAGCUCCGUACAACCCUCCCGGAAACCACCAAACUCAUAGUCGCAAAGAACACAUUGGUCUUGAAAGCAAUUGAAGGCACGCCAUGGGAAGCAUUGAAGCCGUGUAUGAAGGGAAUGAAUGCGUGGAUGUUUGUUCACAGCGAGGAGAUUCCGGCUGCUAUUAAACCCUACCGGACUUUUCAGAAAGAGAAGAAGCUAGAAGAGAAUGAUUUCAGUGGAGCGGUUUUUGAAGGGAAGUAUUAUCCACCGGAGGAGUUUAAGGCGUUGGAGACUAUGCCGACGAGGGCGGAGGUUUAUGCGAACUUGUUGGGUUCUUUGAAGGGCCCUGCGACGUCGGUGGUGGGGACUUUGCAAGCUCCGGCGAGGAACUUAAUUAUGACAUUGAAGGCGUAUGUGAAGAAAUUGGAAGAAGAGAGUGGUGCAGAGCAAUGA